ACCAGAUGCUCGGCCAGUACAACAUGGUCCUGUGAUCUCACGGCUUCACCGCUCGCGGACGCAAUCGACUCAAUCUCUUCAGCAGCAGACAGGAGAGAGUACAGAGCUAUCGAGACAUCAUAUUCCCUCACCGUAUAGUGCUGCGCGACGACCUGUCGUCGCAAGGUGCAACUGUGAUCUGUGUGAUCAACUUGAAAUAGAUAUUCCACAGACAAUCAAAGUGUUGCCUCCACGUGCGAGGAAGAAGAAGGCAUUAUGCAUCGGCAUAAACUACAAACGCCAGGAUAGAGAGCUUCGUGGCUGUGUGAAUGAUGCUUGGAACAUUGCAGAGUUUCUAAAAUCCUUCUGGAAUUACGCGAAAGAGGACAUCAUGGUGCUCACAGAUGAGCCAUACAAUCUGAAGUACAUGCCGACGAGACGGAACAUCCUUAGCGCGUUGCGAUGGUUAGUGAAAGACGCCCAGCCUGGAGAUUGCUUAUUCUUUCACUACUCUGGACAUGGAGGACGAAUCGUCGACUCGGAUGGUCGCCGUGUGGAUGGUCACCGUGUAGAUGGAUUUGAGAAGGCUAUCCAUCCACUUGACUGGGAACGCGCUGGUGAGAUUGUGAGCGAGGACUUAUACGACGUGAUGGUCAAACCCCUACCCGCUGGCUGCUGCCUUAAUGCGUUAUUUGAUUCGUGUUAUUCUGGAUCCGUCCUUGAUUUGCCAUACAUCUAUCAACCCAGUGAUCACCUAAAACAGCAUGCUGCGAACUCUCGAGCUCUUACAAAGUACCCGCAAGCUCAUGUGGUAUUGUUUGCAAGCUGUAGUGACUUCCAAGGUAGUGGGGGCGUUAUCAUAAGGGGUGGAGAGUUUCUUGGAGCCAUGUCCUCUGCCUUCAUCUCGUCACUUACGACCAACCCAACCCAGACAUAUCUUCAGGUACUUGCGUCUGUGCAGGUUAUCUUACGUCGGACUCAGAGGCAGACGCCGCAGCUGUCGAGUUCGUAUCCAAUUGAUUCUAGUCAACAAUGCCUCUUUUAAUUUAAUUUUUCCUUCUACGAUUUGUACAUACAACAGGGAAGUUCUGUGAGUAGAA